AUUACACCAAACCAAAUUUCUCAACUACAUUCAUCUAAUCUAACCCAGAUUAAUUUCCCCUCAGCCUACUAUAUAUAUCCACAUUCCACCGCCCAAACUUCCAAUACAAAGCAGUAUACGCCCUCCCCGCCGCCGGCCAUACUUUCCGACCACACGCCGUUAUUCUUCCCCCGACCAGGUUGGAUGGGGCGGCGGCGGCGUAGUAAUCGAGGUGCCAGCUGUCAGCAGCUGGAUUUGAGGCUGAACCUGUCUCCCCUGCCUAACGACGACGACGAGGAGUCGGCGGCGGCGGCGGAGUCGAUGUGCUCUUCUUGGGAGAGCUCGUGCGUGUCCGAGGAGGAAGGGACGACGACGGCUCCGGCGGCGGCGCGGAUGAUGGUGGUGGGGUGUCCGAGGUGCCUGAUGUACGUGAUGCUGUCGGAGGUGGAGCCCAAGUGUCCCAAGUGUAAGAGCUCGGUUCUGCUCCAUGAUUUCCUGAACCGACGACAACAAAAUCCCGCCGCCGCCGGAAUCCGCAACUGAGACCCUCUCUCAAAACCCAUCGCCGGCUUGUUUUUUUUUUUUCCCCUAUUUUCUAUUUUUUCCCUCUUUGCCAUUGAAUAUUUAUUCCCCCAUUUUGUCGAUAGAUAUUUAGUUUCCUGUAAUUUUGCGCACAUUUUUUUUAUGUAUGGUUACCGCCACCGGGGCUUAGGACAUGGUUAUACACCUAUCAAUAACCAAAUCUGGACCACUCAUUUAGAAAAUUCAGAUCUAAGAAUGGAGAAGUAAAUGUCAUUUUUAUUUUUUCUAACUUUAUUAAUUGACUCAUAU